AUGUCCCUUCAGGAAAUACAGGAGUUGCGCCGGCGCCUUGAAGAAGAGCAGCGACUACGGGAAGAAGCCGAAAAACAACUAAAGCUCCAAACUCAAGAAACGACACUUCCCGAAUUUCUCGACGCCUGCCAUGAACACUUAUUUCUCGGUCUCUCCGUACAGAAAGACAAAGACUCGUCAACAAAGGGCGACCCCGCGAACGCCGACCGUAAACUUCGACCGGCUAAGAUCCGAGAGUGGACCAACUUUCCAAACGAACAGACUUCAAUAUGGGAGGACCUGAUGAAUACUGAGUUCGUGACCGAACGCCAUUUUACACCACUUUUGGCGUUGAAGGAAUAUGGGAAAGAAGCACGAGAGAGGAUGGUAAGCUCAGAGUUGGAUUUGGGUUACUUUCAACGACAGACUGUUGAGUCACGCGUCGCUUCAAUCGUCAAGCAGCUACACGCGAAUCCGCGACUUCGACAAACCUUUUGUCUGAAUGGAGACGUCACCUUUGAAAACCACGCCAAUACCCUAACGGACGAGUCGAACAUCAUAGCGGAUAUGGGUUCUCUGAGCCUAACUCAAAAUCAGCCACGUCGCUCCGGUCGCUUGGCCGCAAAAUCGGGCAGUGCUGGGCUCUCAGCUCAGCUGCCAGGAAGAAGCCAGAACGCUACACAGCCAAGGAAUUCCCGACCCCGAGCCGACCAGUUUUGUGUUUAUAAUAAGGGCCCGGAGGGAAAGGUCCCGGCGUUUAUUAUCGAAUACAAGGCGCCCCAUAAAGUUUCUCUCGCCCAUGUUAAAUCUGGACUUCAAGACAUGGACCUUGAUGAAGUACUCCGCUUACAAAGAGAGGAAUCACCAGAAGACAUCUGCCGACGUGUUGUAGCGGCAGUGAUCACCCAAACGUUUUCCUACAUGAUUCAUGGAGGUCUGGAGUAUGGCUAUGUGUGUACUGGUGAAGUGUUUAUAUUUCUUCGUGUACUUCAUAAUGACCCUUCCACCGUAUAUUACUACUUGUCAGUACCAGAAGAAGAUGUUGGACAAACAACAGGAUGGACAGGUGAUCUGAACGGCGAUAACCGGCUACAUUUAACUGCGCUCGGUCAGGUACUUGCUUUCACUCUCCGCGCUUUACGAGUACCGACACGGGACAUCGCUUGGACAACCUCGGCAGUACGCAGACUCAAGACCUGGGAGAUGGUAUACGACGAUCUUUUGGAUGAAAUCGCAGAGAAGGACAUUCCUUCUUCCGACUUUAAACCAUCGACACAGAGUCGGAACGAAUACUGUCGUGCAUCCCCAGUAAAGACCAGGUCAAAUCUGCUACCGUUGCGUCCUUCGACGACCCCGAAAACCCCGCCUUCCUCAACCGUCGGCUUCCUCGUCAUUACGGCAGUGGAAAAAUCGCAAGGUUCACGCUCCAAAGGCAAGUCUCGGCAGUAUUGCACACAGCAGUGCCUCCUGGGCCUGAUCAAGGGAGGAGAAUUGGACCGGAAAUGUCCCAAUGUGUCAGACCACGGGAUUGAUCGGCACCGACUGAAUCGGACAACUCUUAUUCGUCGGCUAGACCGUCAGCUCUCCAGCAAUAAUCUGCAGCUUGAUUCGCAGCUGGGGUGCGAAUCGUUGCACGUUCACGGGAGUCGCGGGGCGCUGUUUAAAAUCACACUGUGGUCACAUGGAUAUACCUUUGUAGGAAAAGGUGUGCCAAUCGAGUUUGUGAAGGGCUCGAAGUACGAGGAGCUUAUAUAUUCAUAUCUCACUCCAAUCCAAGGGGUAUCCGUGCCAGUGCUACUUGGCAGCCUGCGACUCCGCUGCCCAUUCUUUUAUGACGGUAUUGCCGAGAUUGUUCAUCUAAUGUUUAUGGGUUUUGCCGGAAGAACCCUUGCAAGCCUGCAUGAUCUCGAUCGCGAUCGACUAAUUCAACAAGCCGAGAAAUCCUUGCAGGCGAUUCACGAUCUACGCGUGCUUCAGGGUGAUCCAAUAUCCGGCAACAUGGUCGAGGAAAAUGGACGGGUGAUGUUCAUUGAUUUUGAGCGGGCAACUUUGCAAACCCGACGAAUACCACUGGAUGGCAUUUCACCUAAUCAGAAACGCAAGCGAGAGUUCUGCUCAGAGAAGAGCCCAAACAAGCAUCUUUGCUGUUUUGAGCGCGAGAAGCAACGCAUGCGACAUGGACUAUGA